UUAACAUUAGUACGGUUGAGCUUCUCACGCGGAUCGAGCGCCACUCGAUCGACGACGGUUUGGCUGAUUGAUUUCGGGUCGCGUAAAUUCGCGUAUGGAGUAACGAGGCGCGUAAAAAAACAGCCCCCGUAGAAACGUUACAUUUCUACUGCGCGAGCUUUCCACCUUCUGGCCAGCACUUGGGCGGCGAGUGGUGGGUCCGGAAAACUGUUUCGAGAAACUGGAAUAAUAUAAAUUUAAAGGCUGAUUGAGAAAAAUCAUCGGAAUCGAAGAUUGGCGAAUUUCCCGUUGGCAAGUGAACGAAAAAAAAUGCUAAAGGUGUGUGCUGCAGACGGUUGCUGUCGGUGUGUUGGUGUAAGUGCGUUUCAUUUCGGGAAAGCUUGAAGACUGUAUGAUGUAAUGUCACCAUCGCCUCCCAGCUGGUGCGGAAAGAAAAGCAGGCGCGACAGCGAGCGUUAAUUUGACACGAGUCUGUUUUUAAUUCAGAGUGCUGUGUCGAGUGGUGCCAGUAAUUAAUGACGGUUGUUUCUUAUUCUGUAUCUUACAGAAACUUGUCUCGAUUUCAAAAGUUCCCUCUAUGGAAAGUUCAGUGCCGGUGCCGCUGGCGGUGGUGGUGGCGGUGGUGACUUCCGUUGUGGGUGGUUGAAUCCUAUUUGUGUACCCACUUGCCGGGGAUGCUGGAUGCGAAGAGCUCAGAUCGGUUCAGCUUGACAGUUAAUGCUGUUGGCUUUAGAAUUUCGAAAUGAAAACCUUUCUAUUAAGCAUUAAGUGAAGGUGCAACCAGAAGCAGGCUCACAACAGUUCUCUGCUCGGAGGAUUAUUACAUGUGUGAAUGCAACAGUGUCGUCGCCAACGAACGAGGGGAGACUUUUGUUUUCGCUGCAGUCUGUACAUAAAGUUUCAUCAGCACGGUUCGGACGCUGUUAAACUGGACGGUAUCAGUUCUGCAAAAGUAACGGUGCACCACAGUUCGGUUUCCAAUAAAGUGAUUGAUGAAUAAUUAAACUAUAUUGCAAAGUUUAACGAUUUCAUCAGAUUCAGUAGUCAGAAUCUCUAUCGGGUAUGUUCUGGCGACUGCACUGUGACUGUGACUGAGUAGUGAAAAAUAGUAGUACGAAAAAUUGUUCUCUCCAACGGGUGGCAACUGUGUCGAGUCAGCCGGAUCUUGUUUUGGUAGCGAGUAAACGCCUUGAAGCGAUAUGACGAGACCUAAAUUGGAAUACAGUAGACCAGCCUAGUUGUCCUCGCAGUUGCUGUUGUUAUCAUCGUUAUUGCAGCCAACUCAUCUGCAAGGCAAACCCACCGCCGGUCUAGUGAUGACAGCACCGGUGCUGCCGAAAAGCGUUUGUUCGGUUCAAUCCAUGCCGUGUCGGGAACCGGCAAUUCGUGCCCGCCGGAACCCGUGAAAGAGUUGUUCUUAGUGAAUAAAUUAUUUGCACAGAAACAUAUAUGAGCUCGUAAAACGUGAACCACUACAUCAAAGUUGGUUCGAGGAGGAAAAAAAUAAUAAAAAACGGUUCUCAUACACUGUGGUACUUAUAUCUUGGCACAAUCACGUAUCACUGGCUCUAAAACCUCUUGCCAACAACAGUUGUGUCGUACACACGCAAAAUCCGGUCCUCGGGGUCAUAAAAAAAGGAUCAAACACAACGUGGUACAGUUUUGCUUUUGCCCCACCUCACGAUCCCCUCCUCUUCUGAUCUGUGACUGACUGCUCUAUUCGACCCGACCACGCGCCCGACCGGAACACAGGAACGAUGGAAACACGAAUAGGAUUACUGGGAUUACUUUUCUACUGCUGCAUUGUGAUUGCCACUGUGCUAAACCUGAUCGGUGCCGAGGUGCAAUCGUACUGGGAGCAGCCGUACGCUCAGCCUUACUUCGACAAUAGCACCAAGCGGGAGGUGACCGCAACCGUGGGCCAGUCCGCCCUGCUGCACUGUCGGGUGCGAAACCUCGGGGAUCGAGCGGUUUCCUGGAUUCGGAAGCGUGACCUGCACAUUCUGACCGUCGGUAUUCUCACCUAUACUAACGACCAGCGGUUCCAGUCACUGCACACCGAAGGAGGUGACGAGUGGACGCUGCGGAUUACGUCGCCGCAGCCCCGGGAUUCCGGAACGUACGAGUGUCAAGUGUCAACGGAGCCGAAAAUUUCACAAGCCUUUCGGCUCAAUGUUGUGGUUUCCAGAGCGAAAAUCCUCGGUAACUCGGAGCUGUUCAUCAAGAGCGGAAGCGAUAUCAAUCUGACGUGCAUUGCGUUGCAGUCGCCGGCCCCGCCCUCGUUCAUCUACUGGUACAAAGGUGGGCGCGUUGUUAAUUACUCACAGCGGGGUGGCAUCAGCGUCCUGACGGAGCGACAAACCAAAACGAGCAAAUUGGUCAUCGCACGGGCGAUGCCAACGGACUCGGGCAACUAUACGUGCUCGCCCAGCAGUUCGGAUUCCGCCAGCGUGGUCGUCCAUGUCAUCAACGGGGAGCAACCGGCCGCAAUGCAGCACGGGAAUAGCAGCGCUAAUAGCAUUUCAAUAAAUAAACAUAGUUUUAGCUUAGGCUUCGUCUUAGUCCCGGUUGGUAACAAUUUAAUACUGUCAUUAGCGUCGUCAUGGGUUUGUUUGGCAUUGAAAUCGAUAUGCCUGUACGGGGCUCUGAGGUGAUUUAUGGCGUAAGCUUCCGAUGAUAGUUUUCCGCAUGUUUUACCAUUUCUGAUCGGCCCGCUGUCACCAUCUCGCCGUUUCCCCGAUCCGGAACUCUUUUGUGCCCCUGCCAACCAGUCGGUUCGAUUUCGGACGAUGGAAUACGGCGAAAGUUUCAACACGACCAUCACCUCCAUCAAAGCGAAAUUGAAACAGCAAACCCGGAAAAAGGCUCCGCUGCCUUUUGUGUAAGAUAAAACUUUUCGGUACCGAAGUGAAAUGUUGAGACUAAAGUAAGUUUAAUGUUUGUAUCCACCAUCCCCCUGCAUGCAUAAUUUUGAUAGUUUUCGAGAGUGGAAGCAGCAAGAAUGAAUGCGAUAUCAUAUAGAACCUGGAUUUUACUUUAAAUAAUAAUCUGUACAUUGGUAGAAACAUAAAAUGGAAGGAAAAACACCCUGAGGCUUUUCACCUCCGUAGGAUAGCAAAAUUAUAGUAAUAAAUUCGGUAGCGAAACAAUAAAAAAUAAGAAAUCA